UUGGGGUGGUGCCGGUAGGCGGCAGAUCGGUUUGUUUCCCCUCGGCGCAGUAGCUGGCCACCCACACUAGCCCCAGUAGCCUGCUUGAUGGUUUGAGUAGCGGACAAGGUCAAUCGUCAUGGCGGCCUCUGCGAACGGAGAUCUCCUGCGCGACCUGGGCCUACCUUACCAAUCCGUUGUCGACCUUGGCAAUGUUGCAGUCGAUCCCAACCAAGAACUCGGACGAGGCUCGGAUGCUGCUGUGUAUCGUGUCCAAUGGCAUGGCGUAGAUAUCGCACUCAAAGUCCUCCACGGUCUGCUCAUUCAGCCGGGUAAUGUUGGUCGUCGAGAACUCAUUCUUCGCUUUGGUCAGGAAAUACUACGAUUGUCGAAGCUCCACCACCCGAAUUUGUGCCAACUGGUGGGCAUUGCUCGGGUCGGUCACUCGCCGGCUCUAGCGGUGGAGUUGUUGGAGCGAACACUGGAGCAAUGUAGUAUCGGAGAUGGCAGAGAGCCAGAGCCUCAGCUGUUGUCUUAUCUUGCUGAUACAGCAGCUGCACUGCGCUACCUGCACUCCUUGCGAAUUAUACAUCGUGACUUGGCUCCCAAGAACAUCUUGGUGCGCAAUGGAGUUGCGAAAGUAUGUGAUUUCGGCGUGGCACGCUGCUUACACCCCGAAGGACCUCGCCAGGAGCUGCAAGAAGCAGCAAGGAUGACAGCGUGCCCAGGUACGAUGUUGUUCAUGCCGCCCGAAGCACUGCUUGAACGAGCGGAGUAUGAUGAAGCUUUAGAUAUCUUCUCCUUCGGUGUAUGUCUGCUGAGCGUAUGGACAGGCAAACUGCCGUCAACGGAAUUGUUCAUUGCUGACCGAAACAGAACUGUUGUACAGGCGGACGGUAGGAGUCGACGAGAGCCUAUUCCUGAGUUUGAGCGCAGGAGUUUUGACCUGGAGCUCAUGGCGGAGGGUCACCCUCUGAAGCCGACGGUUCUUCGUUGCCUGCGGAACCAGGCAUGCGACCGUCCUACAGCUGAGGAGAUUCACGAUGUUGUCAAGUCAGCUGCUCGUCUAGCUAGCGAUAUGAAUUCACCGCGGCGUGAUCCCGUUUCCAUGGCUACAGUCCUGUCUCAAAUGAGUACACUCCUGAAGCAUGUUCAAGAACAGCAGACAGCGAUAGCUGAACUAGCAGCUAGGCAAGAGGAGACAAGGCUUCAUGUUGCGGGCGUCAACGAUCGUGUUGUCGCUAUGGGCAGGGCGAUGAACUCUGUUACUGGUAAUGAAUACGUAGCCGCCAUUAGCCGACAGAUACAGUCUCUGAACCAGAGAUUUGCUGAUACCGACGAGCGAGUUCGCACAAUCGAUGAGCGGGGCAGCCGAAUGGAGCAGAGAAUCUCGGCUAUCGACAGUCGCAGUUUGGACAUGGAGCAGAGAGUUGCAGCGGUGGGCGAUCGUAGUGCCAAUAUCGAGCAGAGAGUUGUGACUAUCGACAAUCGCAGUUCAGGCAUGGAUCAGAGAAUUACGGCUAUCGACAAUCGCAGUUCAGACAUGGAGCGAAGAGUUGUAGCGGUGGACGAUCGAAGUGCAAAUAUAGAGCAGAGAGUUACGGCUAUUGACAAUCGCAGUUCAGGAAUGGAUCAGAAGGCUGCAGAGCUGGGCGACAGCAGCGCACGAAUAGAACCGCAAGUUGCAGCUGUGGACAAAUGCAGCACAAGAGUGGAGCAGGGUGUUGCGCCUAUCUAUGAUCGCGCUAACAGCAUAGAGCAACAGUUGGCUGAGGUGAUCGAUGGUGUGUCUGCGUUGAAUCAAAAGCCCGUAGUGCCACCGACACAAUCCGAGGCGACAAGUGACUCAGACCCAUUCUCUCCUGGACAGGACCAGCCCCCAGCAUCACCUACUAAAUCUGAGGCCCCAAGCCACGGUGACCCUGAACCCUUCUCUUCAAGACAGAUACAGCUUGCAGCAAUAUCUACACAAGCGGAUGCUGCAAGUGACUCGGACACCCCCUUCAUCAGACAGUUCAGAACAGCAGCUGGGCAGGCGGCAGGGACGAGGCACUCUGAUCGUUCAUCUGGCAGAAAAUCGAAGAAGCUGCGGAAGGCCCCAUCUCCGCCUUCCCCAGCUGCCACAGAUAUGUUUGUCGUAGUAGCUUCACAAGCUGGAGCCACAAGUGGCACUGACCCUCUCUCUAGGAGACAGGCAGAGCUCGAAAGAAACUCUGCGCAUACCGAGAUGACCAGUCAGUCUGAUCGUUUAUCUACCAGAAGAGUUCGGUCUAGGUCAAGCGGCAAUGUCAACGAUGACAUUGCAAUACAAACUGAUCACUUGUUGAUUUGUCUAACUCCGCAGAGGAUUGAACAGAUCAAUCAGAAAUCCAAAUGGACACAGGUGACCACUGGCGUCGACGGAGAAGGCGAGAGUACUAACAUUGUCUUCGACAACACGCUAGUUGUUUUCUGCAGCGAUAAGACCGGCGCGAUCACCCGCAUCCGCCAGUACAGCAACCUGGAAGGGUUUCAAUACUUCCCCACGCCGGAGGGCACCGCAUUUCAUCCGGCGCUCGCUGUGCAUGGCAACACACUGUACAUGUUCUGUCACGAGGUAGCGAGGUCUCCAGUCAUCCUGAAAAUCACCGCAGAGCAAGGGCAAGCAGCUGGAGAGACGGGCCGUUGGGUGAAGGUCACCGAUGUCCCUUACGAGGUGCACCGUCACUGUACUAUGCAGGCUACCAGCACCUCAAUCACCCUGCUCGGUGGCACGGAUCGGUCGUUCUCCUCUAAGAGUCACGUAAGCACGUUCUCGUUCGCCGAUAGCCAGUGGACGUCGUCCGCCAACAGGUUUCGAAGGUCGCUUUCCCAAUUGCCGUCUUCCUGCCGGGACGCUUCACUUCUGCAGUGUUGUUGUUCCCAGUACGUUAUCGGUGGACUGCACGGUGUCUUCUUCCAGAGAGAUGUGGGAGGCAAGUGGCGGCAAGCAAAGAUGCCCGGCGCUGCAAACCUGUCGUUCUCUGCGGCAUGCACAUUGUCCGAGGACUGCAUCGCCAUUGCCACCGGCCUCACAUGUAUAGUCCACAACGUUGUGACCCAAGAGGUGCACGAAUUGCCCCGUUGCGGCAUAGCACCCGCCUUCCCAUCACUUGCUCUCUUCAAUGACUGCCUAGUGCUCACUGGUGAUGGAGGAGAGGUGUGGAAGCUACACAUGAAUGUGUGAGUAGCCAGCAAAUUGCUGUGUGUGUGUGUGUGUGUGUGUGUGUGUGUGUGUGUGUGUGUCCGCGCCGGCAUCACCUAUUCCGCUCAACGUCCCAGCUUCUCUCUUGUGUGUGACAUGCAAUCGGCAAUUCAAGUCAGUGCCUGGUUUCAGACGUCACAAGUGCGACCGUGGCCAUCGAGCAACCAAGUCUGAUAGAGCGUCGUAUGGUGUUCGCUGUUCUCGCUGCAACCGUCAGUUCCGUCGGCAGAGUGACCUGAAUCAUCAUCUCCGUUUCUGCUCCUGACAAUGACUCUGGCUCCUUUCGGAGUGGUGUGGCCUUGUGGCAACCAAGCUACAGUAGUAGUAGUAGUGUGUGUCUGUAUGUGUGUGUGUGUGUGUGUGCAUGCGUGUGUGUGUGUGUGUGUGUGUGUGUGUACGAGUACAGCGUUCUGCAUUAUAUUUUAGCACUGUUUUAGCACUAUAUACUCAUACGUGCAGGUUAUAAUUAUGCAGAUCUGCUUAGUAGCAUACCCAAUCCAGGCGUCCAUUUGCCACUACUUCCCAUCGCCAUCUCUUGCACACUGUAAGCUUUUAGAUCUAGAGCAGGAUUUAAAUUGUCUUCCCAGGUACUCAUACCCAGCUAAGUAAGUACCGGAAUGUUGGUCCUGUGUUGAUGCUACUUCGCCCAAAGCGCUUUUUUCUUGACGUAUUGGCGCUUUUUUCUUGUUGAGUUGCCCUUUUCUUUCCGUGUUUGCACUUUUUUGCUGUAGUUGCACUUGCACAUCACCUUACUUGUACGUUUUAUACAUGGCCUAGAGUUCUAUACAUGGCCUAGAGUUCUAUACAUGGCCUAGACUAGAGUUCUAUACAUGGCCUAGAGUUCUAUACAUGGCCUAGAGUUCUAUACAUGGCAUAGACAACAGUAAUGGUAUUUUAACCUUGCAA